AUGCAGUGACAGAUUGAAAGCUAGGGUUUGUAAAUUGGGGGAGAUUAGCAGCUGCAACUCAUAAAGUAACAAGAUGAUUUACGACGUGAAUUCACCUCUUUUCCGAUCAUUUCUCAGCCAGAAGGGCGGCGCCUCUUCUGAUAGGAGGCAAAUGGAGGAGCAAAAGCCAAAGGGACAGAAGCCAAAAGCAAAUGAGAAUAAGCCUGUGAUGUCGGAAUGAGCGAUCACUGUGUGUAGUUGCUGAAAUGUUGCAUGUCUUUUAGCGCUUUUAAAAGUGUUUGUAAGAUGUCUAUGUCAAGUCAAACGGGUUAUGUAGAAACUUGAAUGUCUAUUAUGUACCAACUUUAAUUUGGCAAUGUGAUAUGUUAUUGGAAUAGACCUUUCCAAGUAAUUAAUGGAUGUGGUUUUUUAAACUUA